AUGGUUAUUGCUAGUAGUGUUGCAGGACACUUGAUGGCUAUUUUCGCUAUCAUAGGAAUUUGUGUCGCAGCUCCAUUUACUCCCAAGAAUGGUAAAUUGGUCAAAAAGGACUCCGGGUUCGACUAUCAAAACGAUAAGAUCCGCGGGGUGAACCUUGGUGGGUGGUUCGUAUUGGAACCUUACAUGACUCCAUCGUUAUUCCAACAAAAUGCUGAUGAUGGUAAUAUUCCAGUCGAUGAAUAUCACUACUGCGAAAAGUUGGGCAAGGAUGUAUGUAAGCAACGUUUAGAGACCCACUGGGAUAAUUGGAUUACGGAAGAUGAUAUUGCUAAAAUUAGCAAGCUUGGCUUGAAUAUGGUGAGAAUUCCAAUCGGGUACUGGGCCUACCAGACUUUGGAUUCGGAUCCAUACGUCCAGGGCCAAGACAAGUACUUGAAAAAAGCAUUGAAAUGGUGUAGAAACCAUAACGUGAAGGUCUGGAUCGAUUUGCACGGUGCUCCAGGAUCGCAGAACGGGUUCGAUAACUCUGGUUUACGUGAUGAAUAUGGAUUCCAAUCGGGCGACAAUACUCAAAUCACUCUUGAUGUAUUAGCACAAAUCCUGGAAAAAUACGGUGGUUCUGACUACGAAGAUGUGGUCAUUGGUAUUGAGUUAUUGAACGAGCCUUUAGGCACAGUAUUAGAUAUGGACAAGUUGAAAACCUUCUUUUACGGUGGAUACAAAACCGUCAGAAACUCCGGGGUGCAAACUGUUGUUAUCCACGAUGCCUUCCAAGAUAUGGGAUUCUGGAACAACGACUUCAAUCCUCCAAACAAAUACUGGGAUGUUGUUGUAGACCACCACCACUACCAAGUUUUCUCACAAGAUGACUUAGAAAAAUCCAUUGAUGAACAUGUAGAAACUGUUUGUCAAUGGGGCAGAAGUGCAACCGAGGAAUCUCACUGGAAUGUUGUCGGUGAAUGGUCUGCUGCUUUGACAGACUGUGCAACAUGGUUGAAUGGUGUUGGAAGAGGUGCUAGAUACUCUGGUGACUUCGAUAACACUCCAUACAUUGGUUCGUGUGAUAAUUACCUCGACUACGGCAGCUGGUCAAAUGACUAUAGAACGAACGUUCGUAAAUACAUUGAAGCUCAAUUAGAUGCAUAUGAACAAGGCGCAGGAUGGAUUUUCUGGUCAUGGAAAACUGAAAAUGCUGUAGAAUGGGACUUCUCUAGAUUAACACAAGCAGGUAUUUUCCCAUCACCAGUCACCGACAGAACAUACGAGAACCAAUGUGGUUUUUAA